CAGCGAAAGACGACCCAACCCAACUGUCAACUAUGGCGGAACGGGAACAAACGAUCCCCAAAGCAGGUCUUGUAMAACAACCACUGCCUCCUCCAUCUUCUCAUCAACCACAAUCAGAGGGAAUGACGAAGCAAAACGAAGCGGAAGCGACCGCAAAUAUCGGUCCGAAGGAAGAAAGGAAAGAAAUGGGUACCCGCAUUCAUGGCAACGCAAACGGCAAUUGCAACGGCAUCGGCAUAGGCAACAAUGCCAAACCACACAACCCGACCGCCGURGAAAAGUCCAAGAACAUGUCAUCGACGAUACGGAACUCUGGUUCGGCGGGACACAACGGAAAUCCGUCGGCCAACGGCRGAAGCAACGGCACUUUGACCGAUUCCUCUGCGCMGCCCGGUCCGGGAGCCCCCGGGGCGGCAGAAGUGCACGAUUCCGGAGAGCCGUCCCAUGYGAACCCGCACUCGCACGCGCAGUCCGCCGCUUYGAAGGGCUCGGCAWCCAGCCACAACGGUUCGGGAACGCCCGCCGCCGGAAAUCCCGAGAACGCUUCGUCGUCGAGAGAAAAGGAACCCAACGAGGGAAUCGCUUCCUCCGCCGCCGCUACGGAAAGACCUUCGGCUGCCUCCGUGCCUGCGUCUCUGGCGGGAAACGCAGUUUGUGGAAAUGGAUCGGCGUCCCAGCCGCACAAAAAGCAGCAGCAACAGCUGCCGCAACAACAGCAACAGCAACAACAACAACAACAAUCACAGGGAACGUAUCACGAAGGUAGUGCUCCUCAGAUCCCUAGUGUCGUUACCCUUCCAGUAGAAGCAACAACAUCGAUUCCCAACCAACAACAACAAAUACCGUCGGUUGAUGCGCAAUCGCAGCAGCAAUCACCGGACUCGUCCACCGUGCCGAAAAAGGACGAGCAGGUAGCCCAGCACGUGGUUCCAACCAACAMUGGCGACCAGCUGGCACAGAUGCCAGCACAGGUACAAACACAACCGCCACAGCAGCAGCGACAACUGCAAUUUACGAAUMACCACAUUCCCAUCCAAACCACUUUGGAAGACCAGAUUAUUGGCAUGGUCGGGGCGAUCCCAAUCAUAAAGAUGCAGGGAGGAGGCAUGCACUACGUAAAGAAGAAGAAGGGCCGCUUCAGCCUUCUGCAAGAAACACCGGUAAUACCAAAUGCUAUAGGCAUUGCAGCAAUGGCGACGGCGUCGUCCACCGCAUCCAGCUCUUCGCAGCAGAACCACGUGGCGGCAUCGCAAGGUGGAGUGAUUCUUUCGAACAACACUGGAAGCAGCAGCAACAGUGGCAGCAUAAGGAACAACGGCACUUCCGCCGCUGCCGCCGCUCCGAUUGCCCCCUCGUCGUCCUCUAGGAGCCAAUCCCCGAUGCCGGGCAGCACCACCUGUUCCGGGAGCACAGCUACCGCGCAAACRCAAACCGUCCAAAACAACCCGCAAACCUUUGACGGCAAGAGUGCCCCUACGGUCAAGCGAAAGGGCCGGUUUGUGGUCACCAACGUGAAGGACCCCGGUUCGAUCAUACAGAUCCAAACCACCACGAAACCACCGGCCCAGGCGAACCAGCCUACCAGCAACGGAGGAACUACCAAUCCUCCAGCGGUCACCGUUGUAACAGCACCCACCGUUGACAACAACGUGGUCGUCCUGCACCAACCGCAGCAGCAUCAUCAUCAACAACAACAGCGGCAGCAGCAACAACAGCAAGAUCAGCAGCAACAGCAGCAGCAACAGCAGCAGCAACAGCAGCAACAGCAACAGCAGCAGCAGCAGCAACAGCAGCAACACCUAAGCCAUAGCCAGACCAUGCCUAUCAUCCACCAUCACCAGCAACAAAUAAUACCUUCACAAAACCAACAGAUUCCCAUUAUACAGCAAUCGUAUCCAACAACAACUGUUUCACAAAUACCUAUUCAGCCUGUCAUGAUCCAACCUCUUUCGACGAUACAGCAGGCGUACGAUGUAAUUCCACAGCAACAMCCACAGAAUUAUCACCAAAACCAUCAAUAUUCACAGGUUCCGAUCAACAACCAACACCAGCACUAUCAACAAAGCCACUACCUACAGCCCCAAACUGUACAAUACUCGCAGAUUCCGGUCCAUCCUCACCCCCACGGCCAGCAGUAUAUACAAUAUACUACUACCUCGGUAAAGCGGCACACAAGAGAUCUAUCCAACCAAUCUACCUUCACCGCUGUAUCGGAACCCAAAACGGUAGUCAUUGCGCAGGAACAGCAAGUUGCAACCACACAUAAUCCACAGCAUCCACCUUCCUCUGCGAUGCAUUCAUAUACAACCGCGGCAGCGGUCCCCAACAACAAAGCAGRUAGCACGCUUGUUCAGCCACAUUAUCACCACCACCGACGGGCAGUAUCGUCGGGCGCAAACUUUCCAACCAACCARCAGCAACCACCACCAACAAACUCUCAGUCUUCCCAUAACAUGCCCAGCUCACCAACAACACCGGUGGGAUCCACGUCCACAUCCUCGCCGUUGCCGAACCGUAGCUCCACUCAUUCGUCAAGUUUGCCAAACGCACCAAUCCCGAAACCGCCUAUUUCGACCACGGAGAAAUCGCAGCACACAAAAACUGUGCUCGCGACCAAACCAAAAAAGACGACCAUCCAGGGGAGGAGUAGCAGCAGCAGUGGAAAGUUACCCCAGUCGUUUGAUAGCAACGGCACCGUCAGCUCUGUCGGRCUGGGAAAGGUAUUCUAUCUUCUGGACCAGAUGAAAAURGAGGUAACGAGUGCCGAUCAGUCCAUCAAAACGUUCCAAACAGAUAUCAAGUUGCUGGUAAGUAUCCCAUUUGUUUAUCAAGAGAUAUGCCUCGUGUCCAACCUAUUUAUCUGAUCACAUUGUACGGUAUGCACRCACGUCAAUUCUCUUUCACCUCUUCCAAUUUUUAGCGAGACAAGAACAAGGAGCUGGAGGCCAAAAACAGAGAUCUAGAUGGAAAAUUGCGCGAAGAGCAGGCACUCAGAGAGAAAGCCGAACUACGGAACAAGGAUCUUUGGAAGAAACUGAGAGAAGCAAUGGAGGAGAUAAAAGCCAGCAAACAACAGCCACAGGAAGAAGCUGAAGGCUCUGGUCGAGGAAAUGGUCAGGUAGUUCCAGAGAAACCUGUCAGUGGUACCGUUGCGGUCGAAAUGAAACCCCCAGCUUCAGYCAAGGUCCCRCAAACAGCCAUCUCCAUAAACGGAGCUUCGCCAAUUCGACACACGAUUUCGAGCGAUUCGACGCCUCAAAAUCCCGUUCCAAAGCAAUUGCCCAACCCGAUCACACCGAAAUCCAAGGGUUCAAAAGGAAUAGGUUCGAAAGCCUACACGCCGAAAAUCGACCUCGGCCUGAAAGAAAAGCCUGACCAAUUGAACGGAUCCGAUGCCGUUAGAAGGCUCAGUAAAUCACAGAAUUUUGCCAAGGAAAUUGAUACGAAGAACGCUGCCUCCACAAUCGACAGUUCGGUGCCAUCCAAUGGGAUCAAGGACGGCAUCUCCACCCACCAUAGACGGAACGAAAGCCUGUCCACAACGUCCACACCACCGUUGAUACCGCCUCUGCGACCCUCGAUGACAGCUUCGAAAUCUUCUGGCCAAUCCAGUCACAAGCACAGCCAAAGUCUCCACAAUCUGCACGAGUUUGAUCCACUGAAGUCUACUGUUAUAUCCWUUCCUACGUCUGUUUCACUCGAGAACCUGCCUGUCAAAAACCCAUCCACAUCCGAGAGCACCUCAAUACCACAUCAGUUGGGUAGCACGUAUAUGAGUCAAAAUCCGUUGGUGGUGCCCCUUACCAUUGGAAUGACACAAACCGCAGUAAGCAGCAGCGAUGGAUCAAUCGUGCAUCACCAAUCUCCGAUGACCGAACGACAGGGUUUUGUCACGAACGAAUAUGGCGGAUUGCACCAACAGCAAUUCAUGGUCGUACCACAGCCACAACCCAUCGUAUUCAAUCAAAUGGGCGGUGGAAUGCAGCAACAGAUAGUAGACAACACUUAUCCAACGCAACUACGAGCAAAUGCAUUGCSGAGCCAACCUUUGCAUCACCACUUGCACAACCAGYCACACCAGCACUUUCAGCAACACACCACACAGCAACAAAUGCAUACAAAUCCAGUGAACGACUUUGAUCCAUUUUCGUGAUUCCUGAAUGAAUAUCGAGCUCCGAGUCUCCAGAAUGCGACUAAAGUCUCAAUCUUUUCUUUAAAGAUUUGUAAUCAAAUGAUGCCAUGGCUUACUCCAGAACAUAGGAACAGAAUAAAAGUUCUUCUUGAGUGUUCCUUUUGAGGUCAACUAGCACUGAAUAUAGUYGAUCAGUUGCUGCAUGUCAGCAGCACUGCUUGUUGCUAUUUUGAUAGUCCAGCCUUGUGUCUGUGAAUAGUGAUGGUUGAUAAAGUGAUGGCAGUGAAAUACGUACUACUUUCACUGUAUUCUUCAGGUUGUUUUUCAGUCAUUCUAUCUCUACAAUGUCACUCCUCCAAGGAUUGUCUAUCUUCAUCCCCUAUCAUCUCAAGAGCCUUGAGAAGAGUCCACCAGAAGAAGAUUAGAAGAAUUUCUUUUGUAAAUUGAUCCUUGCUGUUCGGGGCAUGAUAAUAAAAUCUCUCAUACAAG